AUGAUGCUCACGCGAGCAGCCGGACGGAGGCUACGAAGAGAUGCCUUUAGAACAUCCGCGACAGUAACAGACCAAUGGAUGCUGUCACGGCUACGGCCAUCACAGCUGCGGAGGAGCUCCAAUUUCCCCUCCUUGGCCACACAGACAACCGAAUCCAGACGGCAGCGGCGACCGUCCCUUUCGUCGAGGAAUGAAUUACGACGGCUGGCGACAACCGCCGAACUCCAGCCAAACCCCUCGUCACCCGCCUUUCAUUCCUUUCCUCAACAGGCAUGGACAGCUCACAACAACCCUGCUGUCCUCUCACAGCUACCUUCCUGGGAGAACAUGACACCCAUCGUCAUUCACGACUCUGUGGCUGCUGCGCCACCCGUGCGAGAUUUACACGGAUACGGUGCCAAUCCGCUCGAACUGCACCAAAACCUUUACGCUUGCUUACGAAUCGGUCGGAUGGAACGGGCGUCAGUGAUACUCGAACGUCUAACGGGACUUUAUAAUAUAUCUGCGGCCGAGGUCACGGACGCACACAAUGUCUAUCUCAUGGCUCUGCUCGAGACGGUCCUGCAGGAGCCCAAGGAAGAUUCCAUGACCGCUGUCGAGAAGUGGUACCGCAAACGCAUCCUCGGCAAAGGCGUAAUUCCCAAUGCACAAACCUACGUCAGCUUGAUACGAGCGGCCAUGAACCUACUUGACGGGGGUGCCAAAGAGGACAAGAUUCGGGAGAUAUUACAGGCAGCCGAACAGCAGGGUCCCGAAGUGGUGGAUGGGAUCAAUGGGUCGCCCGAAUUCACCGAUGAGGAAUGGGACGCGUUGAUCCGCCUACAGCCUGAAGCUUACGAAGACCCCCCGGCAGUGGAAGAGGUCCAGCAUCUCAACACCAGCACCCCAUCUGCACGUGACAAUAUGCGCGACCAUGGCCUGGAAGAGGCCGCUACUCCCUAUAUCAAUCCAGUUGCACAGAAGGGGCUUGGUCUAGAGUCGCUCAAGCACGCGCUUGGCAUGUUUGAAACGUUUGAAAGCGCCGUCCCAUAUCCACACGACAUGGAAGGAACAGAAGAAGAAAAAGAUCGGGCACAUGCCUAUGCGCGGCAAUUGCGCAUGGAGCAGGAUUCUCUGGACGCCGCUGUGGACCGAUGGAAGCGAGAGGACGAGAAGAUGCAAGAAAUGGGCAUCCAUGGCGUACUCAAGAGCAAGCCUAUUCAGGCCAUCAUGCAUAACUGGUAUCAGGCUCUCGUACCACUCUUCCGCCAACGCAUAUCUCAUGCCACAAAAGUCUUAGCCGCAGGCCCCAAGGACUUCGUCCGCGAGGAUGCCUCUGCAUACGGACCCUGGUUGACACAAAGCAAACCGGAAAAGCUCGCUGCCAUCACUGUCGCACGCGGUAUCAAUUCGUGCAUGCGCGGCCACAAGGAGGACGGGACAGCUAUGAAAAUCUCCGCCCUGUCCGUCUCACUCGGGACGGACAUCCAAGACGCUCUCAAUUCCGAGGUUGCGGUUCGAAGAGCUGCCUUUAUCCGGAAACAGCGCAAACAGACAAGAAAACAGCUUGUCGAGAAACUAUCUAAAAAUUCACCCGAAGAAGCAUCCACAAUCUCUGCCACACAGUCGACUACAGUCCCCGAAGUUUUGCCUGAUUUCGCCAAGCGUGAGAUUCCCCUGUCUAUACGAACGAAACUCGGGGCCAUGUGUUUGGAACUACUCCUUCGGGCAGCAACCAUGACAGUUGUCGCGGUAGACCCAAAGACAGGAGAAGAGGUCUCAACCAACAUUGCUGCAUUCCAUCACCAAGUCAGUUUUCACCAGGGCAAGAAGGUAGGAUACAUUGUCCCACACCACGAUCUUAUGGCGAAAUUGCGAAACGACUCGGUUCGCGCCAUUGCCAAUGUCAAACUGCCCAUGGUUGUAGAACCAAAGAAGUGGACGAGUUACGAAGACGGUGGAUACUAUACGACACCGCAAAAGGUUGUGCGUCAAAAGCUUGGCGACAGUGCACAACGGGCCUAUGCUCAGUCGGCGAUUGACAAUGGCGACAUGCAAAAGGUUCUCUCUGGGCUGGACGUGCUCGGCAAAGUCCCAUGGCAGAUCAACAAUGCCGUUUUCGACGUCAUGGCUCAAGCUUGGAAUAACGGUGAAUCUAUCGCUGGGCUUGUAUCAGAAGAACUACGCGUUCAACGCCCCCCGGAGCCACCUGCCGACGCCCCUUACCGGGAUCGAGCAGAGUGGAGCAAGAAGCUACAAGAGUAUGAGAACGAGAAGGGCGGUCUGCAUUCGCAAAGAUGUUUCCAGAAUUUCCAGCUGGAGACGGCGAGAGCAUUUGCCAGGGAAAAAGCAAUAUACUUCCCGCACAGUGUAGACUUCCGUGGUCGCGCGUACCCGAUACCCCCCAUUCUCAACCACAUUGGCUCGGACAUUUCCCGUGGCUUGCUGAAAUUUGCUCAUGGUAAAGAGUUGGGGCCAGUUGGCUUGCAGUGGCUCAAGAUUCAUCUGGCCAACUUGUAUGGAUUUGACAAGGCUAGUCUGCGGGAGCGGGAGCAAUUCGCCCUGGACAAAAUGGACGAGAUCCGUGAUUCCGCCACUAAUCCCUUGACCGGCCGACGGUGGUGGGCUAGUGCAGAGGAUCCGUGGCAAUGUCUGGCCUGCUGCAUGGAGCUGAAGAGUGCUUUUGAUCUUCCUGACCCAACUCGAUAUGUGUCUCAACUACCGGUUCAUCAAGAUGGAACUUGCAAUGGACUACAACAUUACGCCGCUCUAGGAGGUGAUCACGCCGGUGCCCGUCAAGUCAACCUUGAACCGUCCGAUCGUCCUCAAGAUAUCUACACGGGUGUUGCUGAGCUCGUCAAGGAGGAGGUGGCAGAGGAUGCUGCUAAAGGGAAGUCCCACGCCAAGUUUAUCGAGGGCUACAUCACCCGCAAGGUUGUGAAGCGGACGGUGAUGACCAAUGUGUAUGGUGUGACCUUCAUGGGAGCCAAGGCGCAGGUCUAUGACGAGCUCAAGAACAUAUUUCCCAACUUUGUGCCAACCGGAAAAGUCUUUACCCUGCAAUCAGUCGCCAUCUACAUUGCAGCAAAAAUCUUCAGUGCAUUAGGCAAGAUUUUCAACGGUGCACAAGAGAUUCAGUACUGGCUCGGCGAAUGCGGUGAUCGUAUCACGACCUCCAUCUCCCCCGAUCAGGUUCAAAUGAUCAAGGCCCGUGUUGAAGGAGACGAGAGUAUUUUCUACGAUGCGAAAUACAAACCGCCAAAGAAGAUUAAUGAUUCCAUGAAGAAGAGGCUGUCGAAGAAUAUGGAGGCGUUCAAGACCAGUAUCAUUUGGACAACGCCGCUCAAGAUGCCAAUCGUACAGCCGUACAGAAAGGACAGCGUCCAGAUCAUCCGGACCAAGGUUCAAGAUAUCACAGUCCAAAAGCGAACCAUGGCUGACCAAGUCGACAAACGGAAGCAGCUCCAGGCUUUUCCACCAAACUUUAUCCACUCCCUCGAUGCCACCCACAUGAUUCUCUCAGCACUCAAGUGCAGCGAAAUGGGCCUCGAUUUUGCCGCCGUGCACGACAGUUUCUGGACUCACGCCUCCGACAUCCCCACCCUCAAUGUCAUCCUCCGCGAUGCCUUUGUACGCAUGCACUCGGAGAAUAUCGUCGACCGACUCGCUGCCGAGUUCGCAACACGCUACGCUGGCCACAUGCACCGCGCCUCGCUCCUCGCCAGCGCACCUGUCAGUAGGCAGAUCACAGCCUGGCGCGCCAGGCAUCGUAAGAUGACUGGUACAACUAUCAAAGCAAAUGAAUCCCGCCCAGGCGCUGCAUCUUUUGAUGAGGUCGCGCUCGAAGCCAAACGCCAGGAGCUUCUCAACAGCAAAGACCCGGCAGAACGGGCAAAGGGCGAAGAGAUGGUAACUCCAACGUCUAUAUGGCUCGCGAACCCAGAUACCAAGGCCUUUGCCUCCUUCCGCAUGGCUUUAUUGGGUGAGACCAAGGGCAGUAGUUCCACCCGCACAGACGAAGUCCGCGACAAAGUUCGCACUGCGGAAGCAGAAGCCACUACCGAUGAUUCCGCUACGUGGACGUCUGAUGUAGAAUUUUCGCCCGAGGAAGACCUGGAGCAGGAAGAACUCGACGCUGAUGCCAGCUUCGAUGAACCAGUACCCAAAAAGGCCGCCUCCAAAACCGCAGCCGAGCGCCAGCAAAUCCAAGUCUGGAUCCCUCUGACUUUCCCGCCUGUUCCGCAAAGGGGAACCUGGGACGUCAGCCGUUUACGAGAUAGUAAAUACUUCUUCUCAUGA